AGAAACACCUUUCAAUGUGGUUUGCUCCAGGUGGCUAGAUGCUAUGACCUGGGCAAAGAUCUGAUGACACUGGCAAGCCAUAUAAAAAAGGAGCCCUGCACUUCGUCCUGCAGAAUUGGCGCUGAUCCAACCCUCCAAGAACAGUUAUUUUCAGAUCUUAAUUAAGUAGCAACUGCUUUAUGUCAGCAAUAUUUGCUUUUAGGAUCAAAUGAUUUUAUGAUUUACAAUUUCUUGGAUUAAAGCAGACAUGGGUUACAUAAAAUUUUGUGUAAGUUUUCUGAAGUCCGGGCAUAAAAGGGUUGGUUUUCUGGCUAAUGUUUAUGCUGUACACAUUCCUGAAUUCUUAACUCAAGACUUCAUCAGUUAGUGGACAGUCUUUUCCAAGGCAGUUUGAAAUUCUUCGAAACCUUUUCAUUUCUUCAACUCAGAGAUGAUCCAUCUCAGUGCAUCCUCUCUGAUCUUCCUAAAUAUAUUUUUCAUUGGGGCUGAUACUGUGUUUGGUAAUGUCAAGCCAUGUUCUGCAAUGGGUACUUUUGCCACAACCACUGUGGAAGAGGCAGCCAGUCCAGGAACAAAAAAUAAAUCUUCAGAGAAUCCGCAGGAGAAGAAAAAAUGUCAUGUGCCAUGUGAUUUUCAAGCUAAAGUGUUAAGAGAAGAAAAACAUUACAUAUGUAGGAACUUGCAGAAUUCUCUAGUUGAAUAUGCAAGAAGUACCAAGAAGAUGAUACGGAACAUGAUGGAUGAUCACCAGUCUUCUCUCGAUUAUCUUUCUGAUCAGGUCAAUGAACUGAUGAGCCGGGUUAUGCUUUUAAACACAGAACUAUCUAGAAAACCAAUUGAUGUAUUUCCUCAUCGAGCUGUUCAGUCUCACGGUUUGGAUUGCAGCGAUAUUAAAGAUACCAUUGGCUCUGUUACAAAAACUCCAAGCGGUCUCUACAUAAUCCAUCCAGAAGGAUCAAGUUAUCCCUUUGAGGUAUUGUGUGAGAUGGAUUUUCGAGGAGGGGGCUGGACAGUGAUCCAGAAGAGAACUGAGGGGCUCGUUGAAUUUCAAAGGACAUGGUCUGACUAUUUGAAUGGAUUUGGUGACCUUGAAGGGGAAUUUUGGCUCGGCCUCCGAAAUAUUUUCCACAUAGCAAACCAGAAAACAGCCAGCUUCAUGCUUUAUGUGGGCUUGGAGGCUGAAGAUGACACGUAUGCAUAUGCAUCUUAUGACAGUUUUUGGUUAGAGGAUGAAGCUUGCUCUUUUAAAAUACAUUUAGGACGUUACUCUGGAAAUGCCGGUGAUGCAUUUCGGGGAUACAGAAAACAAGACAACCAGAACACGUUACCUUUUAGUACAUUUGAUAUGGACAAUGAUGGCUGCAAUCCAGCCUGCUCUCUCCAGGAGCAGCCUGUGAAGAGCUGCAGUAACUUUAGUGAGAAAACAGGCUGGUGGUUCAGCCAGUGCGGUCUUGCAAAUCUCAAUGGUGUUCACCGGGUCACAAGGAGGAUGCUGGCAACAGGGAUUCGGUGGGAAACCUGGACAGUGAAUGACAAACCUGUCAAAAUUAGAUCGGUUUCAAUGAAAAUCAGAAGAACAUAUUUCAAAUAAUGGAACAAUGCGUGACUUUCUGAAAUUA